GCAAUAAGGCAAAGCUGCGCUAGCGAACCCACCUUGGUGAAGCUGGACGCCAAAGCAGAGCGGGGAAACGAUCGUGGUGUACUCUUUUUUUUUUUUUUUUUUUUUGCCCCCCCUUCUUCCUUGCUCUUCUCCAAGCCUUUGGCCGAAGGGUCUUGGGCGGAGAGUUCCUGCGGGUAUGACCUAACAGCAAUAACCUCAAACCUUAGUCCCAAGAUCUGCCCGAGUCGCCUUCAUGAUUUGACAUUUGGUUGGCUCCGGCACUCGUCUGAAGUGCAUCGGAACACUGACGAGGGACAGGCUGUCAGCCUCCGGAGACGAAAAUGGGAUCAUGAAUUGUUUCUCAGACUCGGCAGGGACUUUGAUCAUAGACAGGGGACAACCUCAAGGGAUCGACGUUGA